AUUAUUAGUAAAAACAUGAGCGAUAAUGAAUUGACAAUGUCUGGCCAAACGAAUAGCUCUGAAUCAGAUAAUUACGAGUCAGAAGAAAAUCAGAUUGAGACAUCAAUUAGUUCAACAGAUAGUCUUGAGAAGUCAGCGGAAAUACUGAAACAAAUCGGCAAGUUUUUGAAAUCGGCUGAUUUCAUUUAUGGCGAGGAAUACUUUAACAAUACCAAGGAUGUCAACUGUAAGUAUAAAACGGCACCCGCCAAGUUAAUGAAUGAUUGCACAGUACCAUCUGAUUCAUACAAUGUUGACCGUACAUCCGUUGACCGUGAAGCGUUGUACCAAACGAAGAAACAUGAACAUGAACGUUUAGAUGUACCAAAAAGUAAACAUCAUGCUAAUAUUGCUAAGAAUCAGGAAUAUUAUGGAUCACGAAAACGUUUACCAGAUAGCGCACUCGGUUUUGAGCAUAACUUAAAAGUUACUGAUAAUGCGAAUUCUACCUUUAAUGAAAGUACUGUUUUAAGUGAAGAUUUAGAAAACGGAACUAAACCCUUUACGAAACGUAGAGGAAGAAUCAAACAGAAAUUAAAGCCAUUACGCGAAGAUCACGGUGAACAUAAUCCGAAAUUUAUUCAUAAGAAACCACAUCAUGAUAAUUUAAAUAUUGAAUUAUGCUCUGAUGAUAUGAGUGAAAACUCAAACAUAGAUGCUAUUCAAAACAAUUUGUGUGAUGCAGACUCAGACUCUGAUGAAGACCUCGAAUUCAAAUUACAAAUGAAGUUGUUGCCAUACUAUAAAAGGAAUUAUUUUAAUGCCAAGGCCAAGUACUUGAAAAACUUGAACGAUGUUUCAGAAAAUAAUUCUUGUUUAGAUGAAUUGAAAGGUAAUGAACAAAAAUUUCCAUGUGAACAAUGUAGGAAUGCUUUCAGGCAAGUGUAUGGUCCGAAUCAAACUGUAUAUAGAAAUGUUAUACCUCAGCCUGAGUCUCUUGAAGAAUUUGAGUUAAAAUUAAAAAAGGAGUUAAAGAAGAAACAUAUGAAUCAAGAACUUAUGUUAGAGAAACAGUUACUUAAUAAUAAUUUAAGUAGCGCUGAGGAAAAUUCACUUGAUUCUGACGAUACUGAUGAUGCUAAAAUCACGAACAAUGAUUCCUCUUGUAUGUUUUUACCUGAACAACUAAAUUCAUCCAAGCCUGAUAAGGAGCUGGAGCUCAAGAAAAAAUCAAAAAGAAAACUAAAAACAUAUCAGAAGAGAAUCUUUCGUAAAAGUGAUACUUCUCAUGAAAAUGAUUCCUUACAGGAAGGUGAUUUAAUAGCUAUAAAUGAUGCUCUUCAAUAUCUGGACUUUAUUAAAAACGAACCAAGUGCCGGUCAAGACAUUCAUUGCAGUGCGAAAAGUAAGGGAAAAAGUGAAGAGGAACUCAAGAAAUUGAAGAGUGAUCCUAAACCAACUGUACAACGAGAAAAAAAGAUUUCGCAGGCACCAAAUACUACAGGGAAUUCCCCUCCUACAAAUGCAAAUGAAACACAAGCAACUCAAAGAGAGAGAGACAAGUAUUUAGAACUUCAUAAUUUUUAUAUCACGUUUUGGGGGAAUCCACAUCGGACGACGGAGGACUUGUGCCAUGUAGAGGAAAAACUGGUUAAGCAGAUUUUUGGAGAAACAAUUGGGACCUCAGAGUUUAAUAUACCAAUGAGAUGUGGAUCUUCCUGUAGUCGGUCCCAGUUAGAUAAAGCUUCAAGAAAAUCAUCUGCUCAAACUACAGACACUGUAGGUAACCGAUUUAACAGGAAACGUAAAUAUAUUGAUCCUACUUAUUAUAAAACUGUUCCCGAUAAGAAAAGAAAACUGCUAAAUAAUACAUAUGAUUACCAUCGUUCAACACAGCAACUGACAGCUGCGAAACGUCAAUUACCUAUAAAUUCUAUUGCAGAAUUGUUUAGUAGUGAAGAAGAUGAGAUAAAUAGCUCAAUCACGUUAAAGCACAAAAAAUCAAUGAUAUUCAAUAAGGUGCCUUUAAAGAACGUACGUCUCAAUAGAAAAGAACAGCAUCGUUCUCAAAUAGAAGUGAAACGUAAACGUCGUCAGAGCACUGAACCCGAAUUAGCCUACUGUGCUGCAGCUAAGAAACUAAAGUUGUCCAACGAAAACAAUUUUUCUGAUCCAACACCAACUGUCCAAAAUGUCAAGAAAAGGCAAGGAAGAAAACAACUAUCACCUCCUGAUAAGAAAAAUAAACUACAGAACAAAUUAGCUCUUCCGCAAAAGCAAAGACGUAAACGUAAACGUAAGCAUCAGUUGGACGAUAUUGAGUUCUGCUCCUGUAGUCAACCUGUGAUCAAAAAAAUGAAGUUAUCGAAUGAUGACAAAACUACGCCUGCCGAGUACGCAAAGAAUAAACAACGUAGAAUUCAAGCUUAUUCUUCUGAUAAGGAUGUCGAAAAAAAGGGUCGCAAAAAUGGCAGGUUUCAAAAACAUGCUCAAGUGGAGAAGGCUAAACGUAAACGUCGCUUAACUGACGAAUCCGACAUUCCCGAAUGUUCUCCAGCGAAGCAGUUUAAAAAUUAUGUCAACGAUGAUCAUGUAGCAUCAAGUAUAUGCCCGAUUUAUAAAAAAAUGAAGACCUUAAAACGUGCAAUUAAAAAACCCGACGAAGUGCCGUUUAGCAAUGAAUUUGACUUUUGUGAUUGUGAUAGUGAUAGUGAUGGUCUACCACCUGAAGAAAUUUCACUAAGUGAAGAAGAAAUUUCUACCGACAUGGAUAAACAACAACAAUAUUCAAAUGAUCAAAAGUCUAAAAACAAAAGAGGAAGACCACCAAAGCCUAGUCCAGCGCCUCGUCAUCGCAAGCCACGUAAUAAGGCAGCACAAAAAUACAAAUGCUCACAACCAAAGGAAAAUAAAAAGGUCACUGUUAAAAAAAAAAAUCCUCUUGAUGACCUAAAGCAUUGUUUAUCAAAUAGUCUCAAUGCCUUUUCAUUGGUUAGUUUUAGGCAACGCUUGGUCUCAAAUUUCAACAAGGAACUAACUAGGAAAAUUCGCCAGAACAAGCAAGGGGAAAAGAAAAAGCCACAAAAACCUGAUGUAACACCUACAACCAAACGCCGUGACCCUGGCAUUCUACGUCGACGACGUGCUGAUUGCCAAACUAGCUUAGAGUGUCCUAGCUCUGCUGAAACCAUUGCCCGUACUUAUGAUGCAAAAGAAUUGCAGCACCUUCAGGCUCAAAUCGAAACCAUGGACAACUGGCAUACUUCGUAUUUUUCGCCUUCCGAAAGUGAUUUUGAAUAUGAUUAAGCAAAUUAUCAAGCAAACAAAUUAUUGCAUCUUAAGUUAAAAAAAUA